UUGGAGGUCCCUGGGGAUCAUCUGGAAAGUUAACGACGCUUCAGGUUCUAGGCUGGGGACAAUGGCCGCCUUCCCAAGGCUAUUGGCCCGGAGGUCGGCGCGGAGCAGCGGAGCCUUGGGCUGCAUUGGGUUUCCCCAGUUUCCCAGAGGGUGCAGAGGCUGCGACUCUCGAGCCGGAGGGGCUGCGUCCACGAGGGAUCCCGGGUCUGGAGAGCAGCAGCCGGGAACCAGGCGUGCUCGCGGGCUUCGGGAGCCCUCCCACUCUUGCCAACUUUCCCGGCCCCGGGGCCGGAGGAGGGCGCAUUUCCCGCGCGCCAAUACUUAAGGCGGCUCGGCUGGGCCAGCGAUCAUCAGUCGGAGCGCUCGGCAGCACCGUGGAGGCAGCGCACCGCGGCGGGAGCCGGAGGAGGGGCAUGGAGCCGCCGCGGGCCUGCUGAGCACCGGAGCGCGGGCAGCCGGCGGCACGAUGCCGGUGCAGCUGACUACAGCCCUGCGUGUGGUGGGCACCAGUCUGUUUGCCCUGGUGGUGCUAGGGGGCAUCCUGGCAGCCUAUGUGACAGGCUACCAGUUUAUCCACACAGAAAAGCACUACCUAUCCUUUGGUCUCUACGGUGCCAUCCUGGGUCUACACCUGCUCAUCCAGAGCCUGUUUGCCUUCCUGGAGCAUCGGCGCAUGCGCAGGGCAGGGCGCCCACUGAAGCUGCACUGCUCUCAGAGGCAGCGUUCGGUGGCACUCUGCAUUGCUGCCUACCAAGAGGACCCUGAGUACUUGCGCAAAUGCCUGCGUUCAGCUCAGCGCAUCGCCUUCCCAAACCUCAAGGUGGUCAUGGUAGUGGAUGGUAAUCGCCAGGAAGAUGCCUACAUGCUAGACAUCUUCCAUGAGGUGCUGGGAGGCACUGAGCAAGCUGGCUUCUUUGUGUGGCGUAGCAAUUUCCAUGAGGCGGGUGAAGGAGAGACAGAGGCCAGCCUGCAGGAAGGCAUGGAGCGUGUACGAGCCGUAGUGUGGGCCAGCACCUUCUCAUGUAUCAUGCAAAAAUGGGGAGGCAAGCGUGAGGUCAUGUACACGGCAUUCAAGGCCCUUGGCAACUCGGUGGACUACAUUCAGGUGUGCGACUCUGACACUGUGCUGGACCCAGCCUGCACCAUGGAGAUGCUUCGAGUCUUGGAAGAAGAUCCUCAAGUAGGGGGUGUUGGAGGAGAUGUCCAAAUCCUCAACAAAUACGAUUCAUGGAUCUCCUUCCUGAGCAGUGUGAGGUACUGGAUGGCCUUCAAUGUGGAGCGGGCCUGCCAGUCCUACUUUGGCUGUGUACAGUGUAUCAGUGGGCCUUUGGGCAUGUACCGAAACAGCCUCCUUCAGCAGUUCCUGGAGGACUGGUACCAUCAGAAGUUCCUAGGCAGCAAGUGCAGCUUUGGCGAUGACCGGCACCUUACCAACCGAGUCCUGAGUCUUGGUUACCGGACUAAGUAUACAGCUCGCUCUAAGUGCCUCACAGAGACUCCCACUAAGUACCUCCGAUGGCUUAACCAGCAGACCCGCUGGAGCAAGUCUUACUUCCGGGAAUGGCUCUAUAAUUCUCUGUGGUUCCAUAAGCACCACCUCUGGAUGACCUAUGAAUCAGUGGUCACAGGCUUCUUCCCAUUCUUCCUCAUUGCCACAGUCAUACAACUUUUCUACCGUGGUCGCAUCUGGAACAUUCUCCUCUUCCUGCUGACGGUGCAGCUGGUGGGCAUUAUCAAGGCUACCUAUGCCUGCUUCCUUCGAGGCAAUGCAGAGAUGAUCUUUAUGUCUCUCUACUCCCUUCUCUAUAUGUCCAGCCUCCUACCAGCCAAGAUCUUUGCCAUUGCUACCAUCAACAAGUCUGGCUGGGGCACUUCUGGCCGAAAAACCAUUGUGGUGAACUUCAUUGGCUUAAUUCCUGUGUCCAUCUGGGUGGCAGUUCUUCUAGGGGGCCUGGCUUACACAGCUUAUUGCCAGGACCUGUUCAGUGAGACUGAGCUAGCCUUCCUAGUCUCUGGGGCCAUCCUGUAUGGCUGCUACUGGGUGGCCCUCCUCAUGCUUUAUCUGGCCAUUAUUGCCCGGAGAUGUGGGAAAAAGCCAGAGCAGUGCAGCCUGGCUUUUGCUGAGGUUUGAAACCCCUGAGUAAAGUGGGAAAAGUGCAAUGGAUAAG